CUUUACAUAAUACAUUUUUACAGUGCAAAAUCAAGUGGACAAACUAUACCUCAGAGCUGAGGAAAAAAGAAAGGCAUAACGCGACAGAGGCGCAACGCACAGGUGCGCAGGCAACAUUAUGAAGCCCCCGUCCCCCACCCACAUGAGUAAAGUAAAGCCAUGUAAACACGAACAGUUACUGAUUUUGGUGCAUCUCAAAGUCAAAGUUGCAAUGUUAAGGCUAGACACCUCCAUUAAUGCGUUCCUGUAUUCAUCAAUCGAUAUCAGAUGUGGCAUACAUGAACACUAUCUAAAAUCAUUUACACUAGUUUUUCUGAUUUAACAGGAGGGGGACAACCCUCAGUGAUCGAAUUCUCAAACAUUGAGAGCCAGGUCAUUGAAAGUUACAUACCUCCUGAAAUAAUUUAUGGAGUCGCGGAGGGAGUUGAGAUAACAGGCUCAUUUGAAAAAGAAUACCUUGAAUUAAAAAGGCAAGAGCAGAUAGAGAGGUGUGUGAUAAUUAGUGGCAGCAGUUGCAAUUUUCAUUAUUGAAUAUUAUAAAUGCUGACAAACGUUUGUGCAUUGAAUGACAAACUUAAGUUAUUAUUAACAUCAAUGUUACAAUUGAUUACGAUGGAAAACAAAUUAUUUUAAUUAAUUAUACUGUCCAUCUCCAUGACACUAAGUUUGUAAACUGUUUAUAACAUAUAACAGUUUAAAUCUAAAGUUAAGCAUAAUUUCAAAACCAUUAAUUUUGACAGAAAUAGAAGACAUGACGAACUAAUAAACGAACUGAGAAACAUUACAAAAGAACGUGAGUAUGCUGUACGUACAACUAGUUAAUUAACUAGUUAACAGUUUAUUAAAUUGUUAUUAAUGGUUAUUAAGUUAUUACAUCUUUUUUAAUUCUAAAAUUUUAAUCUACAUUAUUUCCGACCCGGACGAAGACAUGCCAGAUAUGUGGAUGAUGGACAACGUUAAUGAAGCGGCUGACCAGACCAAUCCGCAGAUCCGUUCACCCCCUCAGCAUAAAAUCGGUUUGCCUGUUCCACCACCAGUUCCAAGGAGUGGAAUGAUCAUUUCUGCAAAGAAGUCCAAGAGUUGUGCCAUGGCAGAUAAAGACUUGAGAAGUCCACUGAGACCAACUGGUGCUCAUAGUAGUAUUAGCAGGAAUACGGAGACUAGGUGCGCUUUAUCUACUCCACCAAACAUCACAUCUUCAUUGAACCAGGCAACAUUAGAGCAACUCCUUACUAUAAUGGCCGAAAUGCAACAGGAGCAAAAGAAGCAAGGUGAAAUCCUUAGACGGUUGGAACAACGCCAACUCUGUGAACCAGGCGAGCCAGCUGAAGACAUCGAAGAGCCAAUAUUCGUUUUGCCGUGCAAUACAAUAGACGACUUGCAACACCUGGACGCCAACUGAAAACUGAUCACACCAGAAGAAAAAUGGUACGAAAUCUGAGCUUACUGGGCGGUGUUAACCUGAAGUCUGUAGUCUACAGAAUGAUGCAUGAAAUUGUUACACACCAGCUGAGCAUGACGAUGAAUCUAUCGGGGGUGAAGGGCAAGCAGCCCUUAAAUAUUUACACAGAGAUCAUGCAGGCAAUUCACAGUAAGUAUAAUGUAUUCAUGUUGAAAAAAUGGGUAUGCAGGAUUCUCCACUAGCAUUUUUGUCUGGGUGCGCCAAGACAAGAAUAGGUUUUUGGGAUUUAGCACACCGACAAGAAAUCUGCCACCCAGACAAAAAUUGGGUGUUAGUAAUGGUUUUUCCAUUAGAGCACCCUGACAAAAUUUGCUGGCAGCCCAGACAAAAUCAGAGCAGAGCUUCAAAUCCUGGGUUUACCAUCCUCACAAAAAUAUUCCAGUGGAGAAAACUGCUGAUUCCAGACUGAUGACCUCUGAGCAUCAAUUGAUGAUGGAGGCGGAAUAUCUACCGCUAUUACUAUAUCGCUAAAUAUUACUGCUAUUACAUAGGACUCGCGUGGAUGUGCUGUGUGUAUGUUACCAUAGAAACUGAACAACCGAUAGUGACCAACACUCUCGAUGGCGGUAUAACGAGUGUAUUUUCAAUGCAUUUAUAUAGGAUUGUACAUAUGCUGGCGGUUGGCGGUAGGCCUAUGACGAGGCUAAAUUACGUACAAAUAGAUACAAACGAUUUGUACAUUGGGUUUUUCCUGGCGAUAAGUGAGAUUGGCGGUAUUA